UCACUUUCUGUUUUACUCUGUCAUUACAACAAUGUGGCUGCCUCUGUGCCUCCUGCUUCCCCUCUUAGGGGUAACUGAGGGGGCUCGAAAUGGGCGUCUAAUCCGACAGCAGCUACAUCAAUUUCGGGAGACACAGAGUUGGAAAUCUUUCUAUACGAGGCUGGGAGUACCACGGGGUGCAAUGUCCUACACUGCCGCUGUUGAAGGCUACAUUACCCAACCCCUUGAUCACUUCAACCGGCUCAGUAAUGCCACCUACAAGCAGAGGUACUGGAUAAAUGAGGCUUUCUGGCAACGUCCCAAUGGUCCUGUGUUUUUGUAUAUUGGAGGGGAGAGUUCACUGUCGGAAUUCUCUGUCCUUGCAGGGGAGCAUGUAGAUUUGGCCCAGACCCAUGGUGCACUUCUAUUAUCACUAGAACAUCGAUACUAUGGCUCCAGUAUAAACCCUGAUGGCUUGACCCUAGAUGGAUUAAGAUUUCUGUCUAGUCAGCAAGCACUUGCAGACCUUGCCUCGUUCCAUCUCUUUGUCUCUCAGAAGUACAACUUGACUCUCCAGAAUACCUGGAUAUGUUUUGGAGGAUCUUAUCCUGGAUCAUUAUCUGCAUGGUUCAGACUGAAGUUUCCCCAUUUAGUCUAUGCUGCUGUGGCAUCUUCUGCUCCUGUUAGAGCUGAACUGGACUUUACAGAUUAUAACAAGGUGGUGUCUCAAAGUUUGUCUGAUGCAGUAAUUGGAGGGUCACCAAAGUGCCGUGAUGCAGUCCGCGUAGGCUUCCAAUCAGUAGAUUCCAUCCUUCAGACUGGGAACACCUCUCAGCUUGAGGAAGAUUUUUCAUCUUGUGCUCCCCUGCAUGGUCCAAAUGAUUACACAGAGUUUGUCAGCAAUUUGGCGGAUAUCUUUAUGGGGGCAGUACAGUAUAAUGGAGAGGGUCAAAACAUUGAUGUGCGGCGAAUCUGCCAGAUUAUGACCUCUGCAAAAUCUGGUUAUGAUGGUCUCAAAUCUAUUAAUCGGAGAUUUUUGGAAAAUACAGUUCUGAAGUGUGUGGACAACUCUUACGAGAAAUCUGUGGCAGAUCUCAACAGCACCUCACAAAGUAUGAUAGGUGUUGGAGAACGACAGUGGUACUAUCAAACUUGCACUGAGUUUGGAUACUAUCAGACAUGUGAAAACAAUAUUUGUCCAUUUUCCCAACGUAUCACCCUACAUUCCCAACUGGAUCUCUGUCCCCUGGUCUUCCAGAUUCCAAAAGAGUAUGUGCAUCAGUCAGUCCAGUACACUAAUGAGUUCUAUGGGGCUGAUCGACCCAAGUCCAGCAGGAUCAUCUUUGUCAAUGGUGACAUUGACCCAUGGCAUGCGCUCAGUGUGUUGAAAAACCAGUCUCGCUCAGAAAUUGCUAUCUUUAUAAAUGGGACCGCCCACUGCGCCAACAUGAGUCCUUCCCAUGAAAGUGAUCUACCAUCCCUAAAGAAAGCUAGAGAGGAAAUUGCAGUUCAGAUAGCUGAAUGGUUAAAAUCUGCUCGUAAGAAACCUCAAGACAUGGAAUAUUAAAAUACUCGAUAGUUGACACCAUUGGUGCUCGAAAGCCUCAUAUCUACUUUUAUAUACAUACAUACUUGAUUGAUAGUGAUCUUGCUCUGUUAAUGCACAUUCAAAUGAAGAAAAAAAUGUUUUAUUUGAAUAAUUUUAUAGGUAAAUAUGCCUUUUUUUAAUGCAAAUAAUUUGAAAUUAUAUUCAAACAGGUGAGAUGUUUCUACUUUAUAAAAAAAAACAAAAAAAAAAAAACCUUGUUGUGUGUGUAUACCCUUAAUAUUUCUUUACUAACCCGGUGAAUUAAGUACCGGUAAUUUGCAAAAGAUCACAUAAGGUAAUUUGUUACAUUUUUUUUAUUUUAAAAAUAGUUUUCAAAUAGUUUUCUCAAUAUAUUUUACACGUAGAAUCUCCUCCUAUACAAAUCAAUGUAAAACUAUUGAGUGAUAAUUACCCCUCCCCUGAAUUGUUUUUUUAUUCAGUUAUUAUAUAUUAGGUGUAGUGAUUCUCUUGCUUCCAGGGCAUUCACAAUAUCCUUGUUUUCAUUAUGAUGUUAUCAAAUUGUUUCUUACAAUAUCUGUCAGUGCCUUAAAUUUUACCUUUGCUUGAGACCAAAGAAUAUUAACAAAUGUGUUGUAUAUGUGUGUAUUUUUUAUGUAUUUUUUAAUGUUUCUAUAGAUUGCUUUUUAUUAAAACUUUACAGACAGUGUUUCAAAACAAAUGUAAAACAUUAUUACAUUUUAAUGUAAUUUUGCAUAAUAAUAGAAAAUCUGAUUUAAAAGAAAUAACUUCUCAAUAUUUAUCUACAAGUCAUUCAACAUAUUUGGUGGAAGGAAUUUGGGCAUUAAAGGGCAUGUACUUAAAAAAAGGUUUUCUCUUUAUGAAGAGCAACACUUAAAUUAAUAUAGCAGUAUUGGUUGUGUACUUGCUAAUACACAUUAGAUGAUAGGUGCAAUUAAUGUUUGUACAUUAAUAAGAAGUACACAACUUUAUACUAUACUCUGUUUGCCACAGAAAAUAUUGCCAACCAGAUGGAAUUAUGUAGUAGCCAGGGGGCAGUGUUAUAGUUUGCAAUAGUAUAACAUUUUCUGUUAUGUACAAAUCCAAAGCACAGACUAAGUGCAUAAUUUAACAUAACUUGAUGUAUUGAUAAUAUGUACAACAAACAUUAAAAAAGGGAUACUAAACCCAUUUUUUUUCUUUAAUGAGUCCGAUAGAGCUUGCAACUUUCUAAUUUACUCCUAUUAUCAAUUUUGUGUCGUUCUGUUGCGAUCUUUAUUUAAAAAGCAGGAAUGUAAAGCGUAGGAGCCAGACAAUUUUAGGUUCAACACCCUGCAUAAUGCUUGCUUAUUGGUGGCCACCAAUAAGCAAGCGUAACCCAGGUUCUGAACCAAAAAUGGGCUAGCUCCUAAGCUUUACAUUCCUGUUCUUUUUUUUUAAUAAAGAUAGCAAGAGAACAACAAACAAUUGAUAAUAGAAGUACAUUAGAAAGUUGCUUAAAAUUGCAAGCUCUAACUCAUUAAAGAAAAAAAAAUUGGGUUUAGUAUCCCUUUAAUAUUGGCCUAAAUUUUAGACAAUUGGUCAGUAAAAUGAGCAGGAUGAAGCACCCUCUAAUAGACCCUGGGGAGAACACUGUUGUUGUUGUUGUAUUUGUUCAUAUUUUAAAUCGAAAUAGCUUUAUAUAUAUUAUGCAGACAAAAUAAGGCACUGUGCUUAAAGGGCCAUAAUAGUUGAAAAAUGUCAUGCUCUAAUCCGUUAGAGUAUGUCAUUUUACCACUAUCGACCCUGCUCUACUGUAUGUUUAACCCCCACAAAGACUGGGUCUCGGGCAGAACUCACCACUCCGCUAAUUAGCAGAGCUAGUUGCACAUUUGAGUUGUGAGACUAGCGCUGCUGAUUGGAGGAGAAGUGGGUUCCUCUUGGGACCAUCAGUAGAGCAGGUCUAUAAUCGUAAAAUGACAUGCUCUUAACGUAUUAGCGCAUGUCAUUUUUUGACUAUUAUAACCUUUUUAGUAAUAACUGCUCUCUUCAUAUGGACAACAAAAACAGUUUGACUACAAUGUAUCUUUAAAGGGAUAUGAAACCCAAAAUGUUUCUUUUGUCAUUCAGACAGCGCAUACAAUUUUUAUAAAAGUUUCCAAUUUACUUCUAUUAUCAAAUUUGCUUGCUUGCUAUGAUAUUCUGUGUUGGCAGGAAAUUGUACAAAUGGGUUACAUUCUUGCAAAACUGCUGCUAUUUAGUUCUCCAGAUGGGACGGCUCCUAUGCAUAUAUGUCCCUGGUUUUCAACAAAAGAUACCAAGAGAACAGAAAAAAAUUGAUAAUAGAAAUAAAUUAGAAACUUGUUUAUAUUGCAUGCUCUGUCUGAAUCAUGAAAGAAAAAUUUGCGGUUUCAUAUUCCUUUAAGGUUCAGAAAUUAGUGGUCCCAUCUUCAAUACCAAUAAGUUAAAGGAAUAUUAAACUGCUCCGCAUAACUGUAAUAGCAUGGUCACUAUUCACAAUGUUAUUGCAUUUUCUUCUCUUCUUGCAGCUCUCUUCAAAGCCUUUCUUCUACUUAAACCCCUUAAAGUUGUCAGACGGUAAAGCUCCGCCUCUUUAUAUUGGGUGCCGCCAUCUUGGAGCACAUGUAUUCUCACACCCUGUAACAAAAGCAGUGUGCAUUUAAAGGGACACUAAACCCAAUUUAUUUAUUUCAUGAUUCAGAGAGCAGACAUCUUAAGCAACUUUCUAAUUUACUCCUGUUAUCAAUUUUUCUUCGUUCUCUUGCUAUCUUUAUUUGAAUAAAGCAGGAAUGAAAAGUUAAAUGCCGGCCCAUUUCUGGUUCAGCACCUGGGUAGCGCUUGCUGAUAGGUUUGCUACAUUUAGCCACCAAUCAGCAAGUGCUACCCAGGUGCUAAACAAAAAAUGGGCCGGAUCUUAGGCUUACAUUCCUGCUUUUUCAAAUAAAGAUAGGAUGAAAACAAAGAAAAUUUGAUAAUAGGAGUAAAUUAGAAAGUUGCUUAAAAUUGCUGCUCUAUCUAAAUCGUGAAAGAAAAUAUUUAGGUUUAGUGUCCCUUUAAAGAUCAGGGAUAAUACCAAUAUUUUUUUUAUUAUUUUUUUUUUUAUUUUUUUGCCAGCUGAAUGUGAUUCUGGUUGAUAAUAGAAAGAGUGUUUGAUACAGCUGUCAAAUAACUGAUUUUACUGAUCUGUGAGUGAGCAGCAUUUCUGUCACAGGUUGUGAGAAUACCUAAACUUCAAGAUGGCGGCACCCAGUAUAAAGAGGCGGAGCUUUACCGUCUGGCACGUUUAAAGUAUUAAAAUAGGAGAAUGGUUUUGAUAAGAGCCACAAACAAUGUUUGCUAUGAUAAACAAGUUCCUUACAUUUAAUUUAAAGGGACAUUAAACUAAAAAAAAAAUAUUUUAUGAUUCAGAUAGAAAAUAUAAUUUUAAACAACAUUCCAAUUUACUUCUAUUAUCUAAUUUGCUUCAUUCUCUUGAUUACUUUUCUGAAAAGCAUAUCUAGAUAGGUUCAGUAGCAGCGGAUAGGUGGCUGGUACAUAGAUGCCUUGUGUGAUUGGCUCACCAAGGUGCAUUGCUAUUUAUUCAACAAAGGAUAUCUAAAGAAUGAAGUAAAUUAGAUAAUACAAGUAAAUUGGAAUGUUGUUUAAAAUUGUAUUCUCUAUCUGGAUCAUGAAAGAAAAAUUCUGGGUUUAAUCUAGAUAGGCUCAGUAGCAGCGGAUUGGUGGCUGGUACAUAGAUGCCUCGCGUGAUUGGCUCACCAAGGUGCAUUGCUAUUUAUUCAACAAAGGAUAUCUAAAGAAUGAAGUAAAUUAGAUAAUACAAGUAAAUUGGAAUGUUGUUUAAAAUUGUAUUCUCUAUCUGGAUCAUGAAAGAAAAAUUCUGGGUUUAAUGUCCCUUUAAGGAAUGUUGGUCCAUUCCUCCUCACACUGUCCAGUUACAGUACAGCAAUGUUGCCAUUAGAAACAAAGCAGGUUGAAUUUUUUGCAUAAUUUCAACUAAAAUCUGUCUUUCAGAAGAACCUAGGUUCCAAAAUGGCGGCACCGAUAAUUAGAGGGAGAUGAAUGAAAUGUAUUUAAACUUGUCCCCAGCCUUCUUGAGGAAGUGAGAGAAAAAGCAAAGUGGCUCAUCAUAUUCUAUUUAUAUAUAUAUAUAUAUAUAUUUCAGCAGUUUCAUAGCCCUUCAAUUCUGAUCAUCAUGAUUCUGUUUUAAAAGCCAUGACAUUGUUUAAAAUUGUUUUUCAUGAUCAGAACCAUUUAGGGUUCUGUGCGGUUUUACAGGAUCGUUGGGUUGGAUAUGACCUUUAUACUUUUGAGUAUUUAUUACAUAUAUUUUUAAAAUGUCUGUAUUUUUAUUGUUUUGUAUGACUAUAAGAAUAUUUCAUGUGAUUUCUGCAAAUAAAAUUAUUUUCCUUAAUAAAAAAA